UGAAUCUCUAAAUUAAUUAUAAUUGAUUAAUAAUAUUUUAAUUUAGUCAAUGGAUUCAAUCAUGUCAGUUUCUGCAUUAUCAUGUCAAUUUGAAUUGUUUAACAUUAUGUUAUUAGUUUGAUUGGGUUUGAUGAUUUGAUUUUGAAGUUAACAUUUUUGUUUUUUCGUAGAUUACUUUAAUCUGCUUGUGUUUCUGUGUGAUUUCCAGGGAUUUACGGAAGGUGGUGUUUGACUUUGUUAUUAAGAAAAACGUGGUAGUGUUGUCGAGGUUACGGAACGUUAAUCAACAGCGUUUGUAUUGUUGUUGCAUCUACGUCACUUCAUGUUUGUUGUGUUUUGAUUUAGUUUUUUUUUUGGGUGAUUCGACGUCGAAUGGAAUUGGAUCUAUUACCUCAGAUCAAUUCAUUCUUGCCUGUUUUUGAUUGGUUUGAAUGUUUUAUGUGGGAAAAUUUUCGCUUUUCGUGAUUCAAGUUUUGUGCCCACCUAGUGUUUGUUAUUUGGUCUGAAUAAGUAUAGUACUUCUGAGUCUUGUUAGAUAGUAGAUAAGUGUCGUUUUUUUAGAGUUUUAAGGUGUUUUUUCUUUUGAAAGUUUUUUCAUAAGCUUUUAGAAUAAAUUAAGAUGGAUGAAGGUUGUAAUUCUUGGGUUAGGAGGACAAAUUUCUCUCACACGGUUUGUCACCGAAUGGAUUAUUCGAGAAUAGGCUCUUUCAUCAUUCCACCAGAUGUUGUGCCCAAUUCUGGUCUGAAGUCAAGGGCAGCAUCAUCGAUAUCAUCAGCUGCAUCAGCUUCAGCAACAGCAGCACCAGCAACAGCACCUCCUGUUGUUUCUAAGGUUUCAAAGGUUCAGAAGAAUCCUUCGACAAAUAAGCAGAGAUCUGUGUCUCCUUUGCCUGAAACCCAUCUCUCUGAAACCUUUAAGGAAGCCAAGCGUGAACAGCAGAGGUUCUCGACUCCAGGUCGUAGGAGGAAAGAACAGGAUACAAGAAUCAUGGGGAAACUACUGAACAAGGAUUCUCAAGUUUCCAAAUCUACUUCGCCUCUGAAAAGUCCACUCAGGCACUUUGCAUCAAAGAAAUUCAGUGACAAGCCGAAGAACCGGAAGGACUCUGGGUGGACGAAGUAUUUUGACCACGGUGGAGUAAAGGUUACUGCAGUAGAAACGGCUGAGGAAUGGAAUGUUGACCUCUGUAAGCUCUAUGUUGGUGUUAGGUUUGCUUAUGGAGCUCACAGUAGGCUUUACCAUGGUAAGUAUGAGGGAGAACCUGUUGCUGUGAAACUUAUUAGGGUACCCGAUGAUGACGAAAAUGGAAUCUUGGCCGCUAAAUUAGAGAAGCAAUUCAUCACAGAAGUCACACUUUUAUCUCGACUCCACCACCAAAAUGUUCUUAAGUUCGUAGCAGCAUGCAGAAAUCCACCUGUUUAUUGUGUUAUCACAGAAUAUCUAUCCGAGGGUUCCUUGAGGGCAUAUUUGCAUAAGUUGGAAGGAAAAACCAUUUCUCUACAGAAGUUAAUUGCCUUUUCUCUGGAUAUUGCUCAUGGAAUGGAAUAUAUACACUCUCAGGGUGUCAUUCAUCGAGACCUUAAACCAGAGAAUAUCCUUAUUAAUGAAGACUUUCACCUUAAAGUCGCUGAUUUUGGUAUUGCUUGUGAGGAAGCACACUGUGACUUACUUGCUGAUGACCCCGGUACCUACCGCUGGAUGGCACCAGAGAUGAUCAGGCGAAAAUCAUAUGGGAGAAAGGUUGAUGUGUAUAGUUUUGGCCUUAUCUUAUGGGAGAUGUUUACUGGUACAAUACCGUAUGAGGAUAUGACUCCCAUCCAGGCUGCUUUUGCUGUCGUAAAUAAGAAUUCAAGGCCUGUUAUUCCUCCAAACUGCCCACCUGCUAUGCGAGCUUUAAUUGAGCAAUGUUGGUCCUUGAAUCCCGACAAAAGGCCCGAAUUCUGGCAGGUUGUUAAGGUGUUAGAGCAGUUUGAAUCUUCGCUUGCUCGUGAUGGAACAUUGACCCUGCUGCAAAACCCUUGUGGGCAAGAUCAUAAAAAAGGCCUUCUUCAUUGGAUUCACAAGCUUGUUCCUGCUCAUCAUAAUAUCGGUCCCGUGGUUAAACCAAAAUUUACAUGAAUCUUCCGAAUGUCCUGACUUUUGUAGUACACUAGGUUCAUUGUAAUUAAUAUUGAAUAGUUUAAAUACCAAUCCUCUUCAGAAAAAGGUUUUUUUUUUUUGGUUUUCUGGCUGUAGUUCUCUUUAUAACAUUCAUAUGAAAGUUGUAAAUUGAUCUAUAGUAUUAGCUUUUUUUUGAGGCAACAGUUGUCUGUUUUUAUUUGUUAUACAAGCCUAUAAGGUACUUUGUCUAUUCUCCAA